GCCUACAUACUUUUGAACAACAAACAGCCGACUUGACUUUAGCCUAAUAAUAUCAGUACAAGUCUCAAGUCAUUUCUCCAAUUCUUAAACCCCACAAAAUUCAAACACCAAUUCUACUUCUUCUUCUUCUUCUAGUAGACAAAUUUUGACCUAUUCUUCUUCUAAGUUCCCCUCCACAAAACCAUGUUUGAUCAUUCCCUCCUAGCUUAGCUUCUCGAUCUUCGUCCUCAACACAAAGCACAAUACAAUGUUCGUUCAUCAUCAUCUAAACCGUCGUCGCCGAGUUCUAUUUAUGUUGAUAAUUUUAGCCAGCAUUUCAUGUUUGCAUACACAAGUAUUCGGAGGGCGUCCGCUUGUGGUAGAAAAUGGUACUCAGAAACACAAAGAAGAAGAAGAAGAAGAAAGCAUUUCAAAUGAUGAGAUUAACGUUGGUGGCUGCAACUAUAACAAUCAUAAUAGUACUACAACUUCACCAUCUGAUUUUGAAGGUUUUGUAGCAAAUAGUGACAGAGUUGUUCCUACUGGUCCUGAUCCAUUACAUAACAGAGAUGAUCAGACGUAGAAGGCUCUAAGCAAAUGCCACAAACGCAAAUCACGAGAUUUGUGCUAAUUAAAAUGAUUGAUGAAUGAUUAAUGCGGUGGGGUUCGAAAAUGACCACUUAAGCCAUUUUCAUGGGUGACAUUUUGUCAAUUUUGUACAACCACAACUCCACAAUCCUCCCACUAUUUUUUUAGCUUUGCCUGAUUAUUAGAUUCUGAAUCAUGUUAUGUUACGUCGAUUGCCAAUGACAUUUCAUGAUGCAUAGCAAUGUGUGCGUACAUUUUCAAAAAUCAGGUUCUAGAGGCAGGCAGUGUUCCAACACUUUUGUAUUAACGAUUCUGUAUGAAUAAAUAACUAUGGUAACAUGAAUAGUAAAAGUGAUAAAUUUUAUGAAACGGGAGACUUUGUAUUGUUUUAAAACAAAUUAUAUGAG